CUCGCCCGUUCAUCCUGGCCCAGCUGCAGUCCUCAGGUUUACGAAGAUGUCUGCCAAGCCCACCGUCGGCUUCGUGAACGAGGCUUCAAGGCAGAUCGUGGCCGGGGGUUCCGCUGGUCUUGUAGAAAUUUGCCUGAUGCACCCCCUGGAUGUGGUGAAAACCAGGUUCCAGAUUCAGAGAUGUGCAACUGAUCCAAACAGUUAUAAAAGCUUAGGAGACAGCUUUCGAAUGAUUUUCCGAACAGAAGGGUUGUUUGGUUUUUACAAAGGAAUUCUGCCACCCAUCUUGGCUGAAACACCAAAAAGGGCAGUGAAGUUUUUCACCUUUGAGCAAUACAAGAAAUUGCUAGGAUAUGUGUCACUGUCACCAGCAUUGACAUUCGCCAUUGCUGGAUUGGGAUCUGGACUAACGGAAGCCAUCGUGGUUAACCCUUUUGAAGUAGUAAAAGUUGGCUUGCAAGCCAAUCGGAACAAAUUUACAGAGCAACCGUCCACUCUGAGUUAUGCAAGACACAUCAUUAAGAAGGAAGGCUUGGGACUCCGGGGCCUCAACAAAGGAUUCACAGCGACUCUGGGACGUCAUGGAGUCUUCAACAUGGUUUAUUUUGGCUUCUACUACAAUGUCAAAAACAUUGUUCCAGUCAAUAAGGAUCCAACCUUGGAGUUUUUGAGAAAAUUUGGGAUUGGUCUUCUCUCCGGCACAAUAGCCUCAGUCAUUAACAUCCCUUUUGAUGUUGCCAAAAGUAGGAUUCAAGGGCCUCAGCCAGUUCCUGGAGAGAUCAAGUACAGAACCUGUUUUAAAACAAUGGCAACAGUCUAUCAGGAGGAAGGGAUUUUAGCUUUGUACAAAGGUCUGCUUCCCAAAAUUAUGAGACUUGGACCAGGUGGGGCAGUGAUGCUACUGGUUUAUGAAUACACCUACUCAUGGCUUCAGGAGAACUGGUAAUACUACUGCAUCGCGGGAGUGAGCACGGCCUGCAAAGAGCCCAUGAAAUUGAACCUUUAACCUCUCCCUGUGGAUGGUGUGGAAACAGAUCUCUGAAGAGUGCACUAGCCAAUUUAAAAACAACGCUUUUACCCCCCUAAGAAACAGAGGAAAUAUGUCAACACUAACCCAUAAUAAUAAUGUUUAAAAAUCAAACAAUCCUAAGCCCAUGUCCCAUCCCACUUUCCUUCUCUUAGUUUUAGAAGUAGCUCUAAAUCAUAAUUUGCUUUGAGUAGCAAAUUGUAUUUGGGCUUUCUGUUGUCUUUU